AAAGUAUACUAUUCCCUUUAUUUAUAACCAUUUUGUGCAGUCUGGCAACAACAUAUUUUAUUACAUUUUGUAAAUGUUUUCUAGCCUGAUUCUAUCGAUCAUCCGCAUUUUUUCUUUUUGAAUGUACUUUGUUUAAGUGUACUUUAGGGGAAAAUUAAAAAGAACGCCGAAAUCCGCCAGAUACAAAGUGAAAUAAACUGUAUAUAAAUAAUAUAUUGUCUAUAAAAAAAAUAUUGAUAAAGCGAAAAACUGUCUAUAUGCCCCUCAUGAGAUCCUGAGUCAUCCUAUGUGCCCCCCAGUUGACGUUCCAAAAUCAGUUGAAACAGUUUGUCAACAGUUAGUUAACCUCAAAUUUGGUAACCCAAACAACAUUUGGAAGCUUUAAGUAAAAGUUGAAUAAAAAAUACUGUACAAUUAACAAUGAGCCAUAAAACUGCCCCAAAGAAAGUCCAGGAUUCAAAGAAAAGUGCUCUUGCAAAAGAUGCCAAACUCGUCGAAGAUGAUUCUGAGCGCAAAUUCCGAACCUUGAGUAUACUGUCGUACUUCAUAGUUCUAGUGCUGCUGGGAAUUCCCAUCUGGUGGUAUACAACGAGGGUUUAUAGGGCUCCCUUGCCACUCGAGGAUAUUGAUGAGCUCCGAAUCAAAGCUACCAAAGCCAGUGACUUUGGUAUACCUUUAAGCCUCGAAUAUGACAUACUUAUAACGUUCGUUCACCCAGACCCAGAGUCAAUUAAGAUCCAGGCUGAUGGAUCAGAAAUUGAGACACUCUUGCAGGACUUGCUUAAAAAGUUAUCACCGAUUUCAGAGUUUGUAGUCAAAUCGCAGUGGUUGUACUUAAUCGAAUUAGCGGCGAUACCCAGAAUGGUAAUGGAUUUUAAUCUCAUACUGAAAAACCAGCUGCCCCAUGUUAUCACCCCAUUAGAAACCAAAUUGUGGUCUCAUGCAUCGCCAAGACCAACCAUCAAUUUGAUUGUGUAUUUUCCGCAUUGCCACACCGCACCGUUGCAUAUUGCCGACUCUGAUAACAACAUAUCGCCAACAAACGCUUUUGUGAGUCCCAGAUGGGGCGGAAUUUAUCUGGUCAAUCUGGAUGAGUCCUCCUGCAAUUCGGGCCACUUUGCAGCUGAUUCGAAGGAGAUUGCAUUGAAUUUUCAUCAAAUGUUAUUAGAGUUGUUCCAUUUAAACAACACCUCCGAGGCUGUGUUGACGGAAUUUAAACUGAAAAAAAUUGAAGAAAUGCUGGAAUCUUCCAAGAGAACUUUGAAAUCCCUGGCUCAAUUGCUCUCAGAAAUAAAUAGCAUUGUGAUAAGUGACCAGGUAGCGAGUCAAAUUAAUUUAGCAUUACACAGUGUGCAGGAGGCUGAAACUCUACUGGCAACUGGUGACAAAGAGGGUGCUUUGCAGUAUGCGAAGUUGGCUUUUAAAAAUUCCGAAGAAGCUUUUGCUCAUCCUUCCCUGUUGGCCCUUUUGUACUUCCCAGAUGACCAAAAGUAUGCCAUCUACAUUCCGCUGUUUCUGCCUGUGAUGAUUCCUGUUAUUAUGUCUUUGAUUCAAAUAAGGAAAAAACGAGGUAGUGCUGCGAAGGACAAAACCUCUUAAAGACUGAACUGUUGCGGCAUUUUGUUACUUUAACUUUGAUGGGUAAGCAAGUCGAUUUAGUAUUAAUAAUUCAAAUGCAACCAAAAUUAUGCAAAAGCUGAAAACUAGUCAGCAAAAGUAAUAAAGUAAGCGAAUUUUACUACUUUGUCGACCUUAAUUUUUGACAAAGUAGUAAAAAUUUUGUUCGUAUGCCCAACCAAAACACAAGUGAAUGUUUUAAACAUUUGUGUGGGUAAAAAAUAAUUAAUUACAGCAAAGUUAUAAUUUUAUUUUGUGUUAUUCGCGUUUACAACGCACUGUACGAAAACUUAAAUUCCUAAACCCACCCUAAUAGUUCAUCAAACGUGUAUUAAUUAUCAUUUUAUACUAAAUUUCGUUUUUAAAUAAUAAUCUUACAGUGUAAGUAUAAUGCUUAUUAUAAAUAAAUCGUAUGUACAUGUUUCAUCUGAAUGAUUCCAUUUAAUAGAAUGAAUUCAAUAGCUAAA